GGCCGCAACCGGCGGUAUAAAUGCCGUUGCGGCGGGGCCGGCUCGCCCUGCCCCACACCGGAGAGCGGGUGCGGGAGCAGGUAGAGCCGUCGGUGGCCGGGCCGUCGUCGGGGGCCCCGCCCGAGCCGCCGCUUCAGGACGCGGACAGCUCUGCGCCGCGGUGCCGAGCCGCGCCCCGGACUGAGGGGCGGCGGGCGGCCGGGGGAGCCCGCGGCGCGGGCGGCGGGCCGCCAGGGGGUGCCGACGCGGGCGCCGCUCUCUGCCCUCCGCCUCAGGCGGGGCCAUGGCAGCGGGCGAGCGGGCGGAGGAGCCGCUGGCGGAGCUCAGCCACUACGUGGUGGCGCGGCCCAUCUACAGCGAGGCGAGCUUCCAGGAGGAGAACGAGCGGCGACCGCCGCUGCCGCCCACGCUCCGCGAACGGGCUCAGGUGGCCUGCAGAUGUUCAAGAAAAAGGGCCUUUCAGGUUGCCAAAUCCUUUCUGCCCAUCCUGGAGUGGCUGCCCAACUACCGGGUGAAAGAGUGGCUGAUAAGCGAUAUCAUCUCGGGGAUCAGCACCGGCCUCGUCGCCACCUUGCAAGGUUUGGCAUAUGCUUUGCUGGUUGCAGUUCCUGUUGGAUAUGGUCUCUAUUCUGCCUUUUUUCCCAUCCUGACAUACUUUUUCCUGGGAACAUCAAGGCACAUCUCAGUUGGUCCAUUCCCUGUAGUCAGUUUGAUGGUGGGAUCUGUUGUACUGAACAUGGCCCCUGAUGAUAAUUUUCUCAUAGAUGGCAGUAAUGGGACUAAUGGUACUGGGAUACUGAUAGACACUCAGUCCAGAGAUGCACAGAGAGUGCUGAUUGCUAGUACCCUCACAUUUCUGGUUGGAAUUUUACAGGUAGUAUUUGGAGUCCUUCAGAUUGGUUUCAUUGUGAGGUACCUUGCAGAUCCACUAGUUCGGGGAUUCACAACUGCAGCUGCUUUUCAAGUGCUUGUGUCACAAUUGAAAAUAGUCCUAAAUGUUUCAACUAAAAACUAUAAUGGUGUCCUUUCCAUAAUAUAUACUCUUAUUGAAAUAUUUGAAAAAAUUGGUACCACCAACAUUGCAGAUCUUAUUGCUGGACUCCUCACCAUUUUUGUCUGCAUGGUAGUUAAAGAAAUAAAUGAUCGAUUCAAACACAAGAUACCUAUACCUAUACCAAUAGAAGUUAUUGUGACAAUAGUAGCCACUGGCAUUUCAUAUGCUGCUGACUUGGAAAAAAAAUACAAUGCAGGCAUUGUUAAGAGCAUUCCAAGAGGAUUUUUGCCUCCUGCACCUCCAGAUGUCAGCCUGUUUUCCCAGAUGAUAGCAGCCUCCUUUUCCAUUGCUAUUGUUGCUUAUGCUGUUGCCGUAUCUGUGGGGAAAGUAUAUGCAACCAAGUAUGACUAUGCUAUUGAUGGAAACCAGGAGUUUAUUGCCUUUGGGUUCAGCAACAUUUUUUCAGGUGCCUUUUCUUGUUUUGUUGCAACUACUGCUCUUUCACGGACUGCAGUCCAAGAAAGUACUGGUGGAAAGACUCAGGUUGCCGGUAUAAUCUCAGCUGGGAUUGUUUUGAUUGCCAUUGUUGCCCUGGGGAAAUUGCUAGAGCCCUUACAAAAGUCUGUGUUGGCAGCUGUAGUCAUAGCUAACUUGAAAGGGAUGUUCAUGCAAGUGUUUGACGUUCCCCGUCUGUGGAGACAGAAUAAAGUGGAUGCUAUGAUCUGGGUUUUUACAUGUGUAGCAUCCAUCAUUCUGGGACUUGAUUUGGGAUUACUUGCUGGCCUUUUGUUUGGAUUGCUGACAGUUGUGUUGAGAGUUCAGUUUCCUUCAUGGGGUGGCUUCGGAAACAUUCCUGGCACAGACAUCUACAAGAAGGUCAAGGACUAUAAAAAUGCUAUAGAACCAGAAGGUGUGAAGAUUCUCAAGUUUUCAAGUCCAAUUUUUUAUGCUAACAUCGAUGGACUGAAAAACAGCCUCAAAUCCACAGUGGGAUUUGAUGCAGUCAAGGUAUAUAACAAGAGACUCAAAGCACUGAGGAAGAUACAAAAGCUAAUCAAGAAGGGGAAAUUAAAAGCUACUAAGAAUGGCAUCAUCAGUGAGCCUGGUAUUAAUAAUGAAGCUUUUGAGACUGAUGAGGAACCUGAAGACAACGAAGAUCUUCAAGUUCCUACCAAAGAAGUAGAGAUCCAGGUGGACUGGAAUUCAGACCUCCCAGUCAAAGUCAACAUCCCCAAGGUGCCCAUCCACAGUCUCAUUCUUGAUUUUGGAGCAGUAACCUUCUUGGAUAUUGUAGCUGUGAGAUCAAUAAAAACGAUAAUUAGAGAGUUUGAGAGAAUUGAUGUGAGAGUAUACUUUGCUUCAUACCAAGACAACCUUAUAUCUCAACUGGAACGGAGUGCCUUCUUUGAUGACAUCGUCAGAAAAGACAUAUUCUUCUUGACUGUCCAUGAUGCUGUGCUCUACAUAAGGAAUCAAAUGACGUACAGUGACAACCAGGAUCCCAUUCUUGAGAAGAUUUCACUCAUGCAGGAGUCUAAAGAACCCAUAGAAUUCACAGAAAUGAUCCGGCCUGAUGAUGAACUUGAUGUUCAGGAAGAGGCUAUGCGCAGACUUGCUUCAUGAAGACGGACUGCUGGUAUUGUCUUACCUGUGAACUCACAGCAAUAUUUAUGCAUCGGUACUAUAUAAGUGUUUUCUGCAAUGGAACCAAUCUUUGCACUUGAAGAAAACCCUGAUUUGUCUGAAUGAUACAGAUCUCUAGAAAUCUCUGAAUUUUAGCUAACGUUAUCCCAGAAAUAUUCUGGACCUUGAUUCAGCAAGCACUUUUCGAUACGAUAUAUUGAUUUUAAAAAAUCAGAAGACUAUUACAAAAGAUGUACUCAGUUUGGGGACGAGCCAGGCAGAAGGUGCAUUACACUUUUAUCAGUGUGUGCAGGAUGAAAAGCUGCUUUGUGGUCUGCCCAGGAGAGCUGGAGAGACCAAAAUCUUUGGAUGGCAAGCCUCUUGUUCUGUAUUUGCACAAUGCCUAGCGAGAGGGCAGGAGUUCCAGCUGGCCAAGGCUUUGCCAUUCUAGAACAUUUCUGUGAGCAUACAUGCUGACAAGUCUUGAAAAAUGUGUCAUCAUGAUCACUUUUUUCCAAGCAAUUCCUUAAAUUGCUGCAGGUUGUUAGAUAACUGAAACAGGUGACAGGCGAAACAGAAGAACAGACAACAGCACUGAACUACUAUAAAACUUCAAAUAGGAUGUUUCAUAGGAAAAACCCUUGGAUAUGGGUUCAUUAGUUCUAUUUUAAUCCCAUUGUAGCAAAUCAUGCACUACUAUUAAUGAUUGUCCCUAAAACGAAGCAUACACAGAAGAUUGUUUUGGCUAAGUUACAUAUCUUUCAUCAAGAGGCAGAUCAUGACAUAAAUUAGAUUAAGGAAAACCUUAGUCCUCAAGUACUGAAUGGAAUCUGUAGAACAGGCUGCUACUGAGUGCAAGUAAGAAAGUCAGAAUGUGACCUAGUAUAGAGGUUUGGGGGUUUUUUUAAAUGGAAUAUAGGAGUUUAUUUAGUUUAAUGAAUAGUCAUAUUUUUAUAUAGCCUAUUUUUUCUUUUAAUAUUCUACGUCAGACUGCUGCUGUUCUUUUACAUUUGACAGUUCAUAAUGCACAAGUGCAAUAAUUUACAAAAGAUAAAGGAUAUGACCUGCAAAACUUUAAUCCUUACUUUAGGACUAUGUAAAAUAGAUAUGCAGGAAAUCAAUGUUCUUACUUUUCAUGAAGAAGAAAUGUGUUUUAUGGCAAACAGACUGUUACCUUAAAUUUUUUAGCACUACAUUAAUUUUUUAAAUGGAAAAAAAACCCCUGUGUGGUGAGGGAACAGAUAACAACAAAAGUGUAAGAAAAAAAUGUCCAGGUAUAAAAUCCCUUUACGUUUCAUAAUGUGGGCUAAUUAGCUUCAGUAUGUUCACGUAUUUGUCUCCUUAUUUGAUUAUGUCAGAGAAAUUUUCUUAUAUCACACUGCAUAGAGAAGAUUUUUGCUGCAAGUAAUGUUAACGGAAAACCUCAGGUGAAAAGCUAAGCACUAAAUAAAUUAUUCUGUCCUAGGGACCUGAGUGAACUCCAUGAAAAUCAGUGAAAAAAUUCCUAUAACCUUCAGUCAGCUGGACAGCAUCUUACACAGUAGGUGACAGCACCAGUCUGACAUCAUUAUUCUCUAAGGCAAAAAAUUCAGUCAGUGAAGUUUCUCAUUUGAAAUGCAACCUGUCCUCAUUCUCUCCCCCUCCAUUCACCAGCCUAACGCAGGAGCGUGGCACUUCGCCCACAUUACUGACAAAACUUUCCUAUCAGGCCACAGCCCCAGCAUAGAUCAACCUGAAUAUAAGGCACUGUUGGCAGCGCACACAGCACAUAGCGAUGAACGACAAGGCCAGUAACGUUUCUCAGAAGCUAUACGCUUUUCUACAGUGGAUGUACAUUUGAUGUAAAAAGUAAAAGUAAAAUAUUCUACCUGGGACUGAUAAGUGAGCUUUCAGCUAGUCUUUAUGCAGAACACAUACUACGGAAAAGAUGGUAUAAAAAAUGAUAGCAGUGCAUUUUUUUUACCUCGAGAGAACAUCUGCACUGUGAAGUUUGAGUAUAGAUUCUUACUUGAAAGAAAUGUGGGCUUAUGUUAUUUUUUGAACCUUCUCCAGUUCUUGUCCAUACAGGUAUUUAGAAAAAACAAUCAAAUAUUCAACAGUCUUCCACUUUCCUUUCCAAAUAUGACAUUUCAUCUGGAAUUAAUUGUGAUAAAAUAUGAUGCAAUGCACUUAUUCUUGGCCUGCAUAUUUCUUAAAGGCAUGGUUUUAUUUGUUCUUAAUUUAACUGGCACAAAAUAUUCAACUUUUCCUGAAAAACACCAUUUCACACAAAGCCUACAGUUACACAGAAUGGUAAGAGGUAACAUGCAGAAGGCAUUCAAAUACCUUUCUCAGUGGGUCAGGGCACGUGCUUCUUAAUUUUCUGUCUAUGUAUCCAUCAAAAUAAAGGAUACCAAAAUAAUGGAUUUCUCAAUGAAGCUAAAAUUCUAUACAAUUUUGUACUAAUUCAAACAUCUGUAUGUAAUGCAACUAGAUGUGCUUAUGUUUUUCCAGUAGAAUGAAGAAGUGAUAUUUUUGUAUGCAUUUUGCGUAUUACUAUUCUGUCUUUGCAUGUCAGGUAUUAAAUUUGGAGAUAUAUUUUAAGUUUUUUACCCUUUUAAAAAGCUGCAUUUUAAAAGUAAUUGUAUUCAUUAACUAGAAAAUAAAGUUGUGCACACUGAAA